GCCCCCGGCUGCGCGGCGCCCGCCCUCCCUCAGCCAGAGCUGCUCGUCUGAGGCUGCUGAGGCGGCGGCCGGUGUCGUGGUCGCGGUACCUGUUCCAACGCGGCUCGCGGGCCCGUGCUGGCCCCAGUCCCCGGCGCGGCUGUCCGAGCCCCUGCGGCGGGCGGGCGAUGGUGCGGCGGAGCGCGCGGACGCGGGCGGCGCGGCGGCGGGCAUGAAGGAGGAUGGAAGGGCAGGACGAGGUGUCGGCGCGGGAGCAGCACUUCCACAGCCAAGUGCGGGAGUCCACGAUAUGUUUCCUUCUUUUUGCCAUUCUCUACGUUGUUUCCUACUUCAUCAUCAGAAGAUACAAGAGAAAAUCAGAUGAACAAGAAGAUGAAGAUGCCAUUGUCAACAGGAUUUCGUUGUUUUUGAGCACGUUCACUCUCGCAGUGUCAGCUGGGGCUGUUUUGCUUUUACCCUUCUCAAUAAUCAGCAAUGAAAUCCUGCUUUCUUUUCCUCAAAACUACUAUAUUCAGUGGCUAAAUGGCUCCCUGAUUCAUGGUUUGUGGAAUCUUGCUUCCCUUUUUUCCAACCUUUGUUUAUUUGUAUUGAUGCCCUUUGCCUUUUUCUUUCUGGAAUCAGAAGGCUUUGCUGGCCUGAAAAAGGGAAUCCGAGCCCGCAUUUUAGAGACUCUGGUCAUGCUUCUUCUUCUUGCGUUACUCAUCCUUGGGAUAGUGUGGGUAGCUUCAGCACUCAUUGACAAUGAUGCCGCAAGCAUGGAAUCUUUAUAUGAUCUCUGGGAGUUCUAUCUACCCUAUUUAUAUUCCUGUAUAUCAUUGAUGGGAUGUUUGUUACUUCUCUUGUGUACACCAGUUGGCCUUUCUCGUAUGUUCACAGUGAUGGGUCAGUUGCUAGUGAAACCAACAAUUCUUGAAGACCUGGAUGAACAAAUUUAUAUCAUUACCUUAGAGGAAGAAGCACUCCAGAGACGACUGAAUGUGGGAGUGCUCUGUGCAGGGAAUCCAGAUGUUGCAAUAGGAAGGCAAGUGCCAGAAGAACAAGCUGGACAGCGACUUUUGGGAAAAUGGAUUCAGGAGGGAGGAGGCAUGACAGCAAACCCAUGGCUGUCUUCAUCGGUGGAAUACAACAUAAUGGAGUUGGAACAAGAACUUGAAAAUGUAAAGACUCUUAAGACAAAAUUAGAGAGGCGAAAAAAGGCUUCAGCAUGGGAAAGAAAUUUGGUGUAUCCCGCUGUUAUGGUUCUCCUUCUUAUUGAGACAUCCAUCUCGGUCCUCUUGGUGGCUUGUAAUAUUCUUUGCCUAUUGGUUGAUGAAACAGCAAUGCCAAAAGGAACAAGGGGGCCUGGAAUAGGAAAUGCCUCUCUUUCUACGUUUGGUUUUGUGGGAGCUGCACUUGAAAUCAUUUUGAUUUUCUAUCUUAUGGUGUCCUCUGUUGUCGGCUUCUAUAGCCUUCGAUUUUUUGGAAACUUUACUCCCAAGAAAGAUGACACAACUAUGACAAAGAUCAUUGGAAAUUGUGUGUCCAUCUUGGUGUUGAGCUCUGCUCUGCCUGUGAUGUCGAGAACACUGGGAAUCACUAGAUUUGAUCUACUUGGCGACUUUGGAAGGUUUAAUUGGCUGGGAAAUUUCUAUAUUGUAUUAUCCUACAAUUUGCUUUUUGCUAUUGUGACAACAUUAUGUCUGGUCCGAAAAUUCACCUCUGCAGUUCGAGAAGAACUUUUCAAGGCCCUAGGGCUUCAUAAACUUCACUUACCAAAUACUUCAAGGGAUUCAGAAACAGCCAAGCCUUCUGUAAAUGGGCAUCAGAAAGCACUGUGAGACACACAGACAGCAUCUUCUGCCACCAAGAGACCCGAGAACUCCAGACUCACAACAUUCCUGUCCCGUGUAGAAACAUUUCCAUUUCAACCUUGGCUCCUCUUCAGAACCUAGACCUAUCAGUGCCAUUUUUUUUUUCAUAAUCUACGAAGAACUUGGCUAUGGCUGAUCUUUUUUAAAUUUAACUUUCUGAUAGACCCUGUAGUUUCCAGUUAAAUGCAGAUUCCUUACAGACAUAUAGAACAGCGCAAUUUUCUGUAGACAUUUGCUCAUAUCGGUAAAUACAAUCAUCCAUAUGAAAAAAUUGUUUUCACCUGAUAUGAAAAUGUUAGAAGAGGCAAACUCUGGCACUUCUAAAGAUUUACUUAAAUCCUAUUAUAUACUUUAUUCAGAAUGUAGAAGCUGACCUGAAAGGCAUCCUUGGUACUAAGUGAAGCUUCUUCAGAAAAUGCAUUUUUCAAAUGCAAUAGGAACUGCUUGUAGAUAUCAUUAUUGCAGUGUGUGUUGGAGCUGUAAUGGUUGCAAUUAUGUUUCUUAUUUCCUUAAAAGCAAAAAGCAUAGUUUCUGAUUUAUGUUAUAGAAUGAUACUGAUUAGACUUUGAGCCAAGGGGAAAAUACUAAAUUCUUUUAAACCUGGAGCCUUAGAGAGCCACAGAAAUAUCUUCUGUUGUACAGUCUAAUAAGCUGUGGUAGGAAGUACCAUGUAAUCACAGUUUAAUGACAGUUUAUGUAUAUAAUUCAGUAUGCCCUCUGAUAACAUAGUUGCCAGUGUUUAUUACACUUGUAACUUGGAUUUUUGCCUUAUAGGCUAUAUGUAUACUCAGUUUUUUAAAGCAUUUUUUUCAGAGAUCACUUAAUUCCCCGUGCUUCUGUAAUGCUUAUAAAAAGUAUAAAUGCUGAGUGGUAGAAACUCCUCUUUCCUCAUAGUCCUCAGGCUUUGGUUACUUUUGCAUAUGCCAUUUGAAGCCUCCAGCUUUUACCAGUUUAACAUCCAAAGUUCACAGCAUCAGCAUUCAUGGUGUAAGAACAGUUUUGUAGUAUAACACGAUCUGAUAAUCAUUCAGUUAUUAAAUUGUAAAUAAUUAUUGGGAUGGUUUCUUGGCUUUAAGUCUACUGAAUAAAAACUAUGAAACUGCACUCUGUGUUAACCAUCCACUAGGAUAGAAUACUGAAAACUGUGCAUGCAAAAAUAGGAGAUGGGCCCAUUUGCACACAAUUCGUAGUUAUGCAAUCUACUAUAUAAAUAUGUUCACAUGCACUAUGUGUAUGAAAAUAGAUUGUCUGUGUUCAGACAAAAGUAAAACAUUUUUUUCAAAUUGUUACAUUUAAAGGUUUUCUAGGAGAAAUUUAUGAAAAACAGGCUGUGUCUAUUUGACAUCAGAAAUUUCCACUUAAACCAAAAUAAUAAGAAACUUUAAUCUGUAUAUUUACAAUCUUCGUUGAGCACACUUCCCCCUUAUUUAUACAUCUGCAUUUCCUUCUGAGCUUCACAUCUUUGUAAAAUGCAGCUUGGUUUUAAAAUAAAAGAAUAUUCAUUUUGUGAUUCUAAAGAACCUUCAGUAAAUACCACCAGUAUAGUACUGGUGAAUUUCUCAGCAUAAAAUCGACAUACCUAAAAAGUUAAUAAAAUUCAGCUCUUUUCCAAUUUCAUUGUUAUGCCUAUUGAAGUAUUAAUUGCAAGGUUUGAUUUUUAGUGAAGCUUGGGGUCUGUACUUUGAGCAGACCAAGUCAAGGGAAGAACAGAAAGAAAGUCAGGAGUAGAGUAGCAUCACUUCUCACUUACACUGCUUUCAGGGCUCAUCCAAAGAGUUCCUAGAUACUUGUAAAAUGUCUGAAAUGUUUUCGGUAAAAUACUAAACUUUUCAAUGUUUAGCUCAACUUUUUUGUUCAUUUGGAAGUUUCUCUCCAUCCGAGGACUUAAGCCAGUUUUGGAUUUGUAAGCCCAGAGUACAAUACACCUCCUGGAGGCACCGCCCCAUCCGUUGAAGCAAAGGAUGUGCAUGGGGUGGAAGGACGGCUUCAAACCUGGGACUCAGAUGCCUUGAGAACAAAUAGAUUGUUACAGCCCUGGGCUGCUGCAUGAUCACACUUCCUCGAGGCUCUUGCUGAGCACAUGCCCAAGCAUCUGCCUCUGGAGAGACCGACUCCAAAUGCAGGUGCUUCCAUUGGACCUAGGUUGGAGGCUGCUUUAUAUGAGAAACUCCAGAAAUGGAUGCCAGAAUAUGGAGGCCAAACGUUCUGAGUCCUGGUAAGGACAGUCGCUCUGGGGGUCUUCAUUUUACUGCAGUUCCUGCGCGCCAGUGAAAGAGAGGAGCUAGACCCUGGAAGGCAGAGCUGCAAAUGCUCAUCAUCAUCAGGUCAAUUCUGGAGCUACAAUUUUGUUUCUCACUGGAUGGGGAUGCACUGGUGACUGUAUCAAAUCAAGCAGUCCUUUUAUUCUCUCUCCUUUAGUAUCGAUUUUAAAGGGCAUUAGGCACUAUGGUUCCAGAGUUUCUUGGGGGAAACUUUGCAGAUUCUUACUAAUUGGUUCUGCAAUACUUAAAUAAAUAAUUUUACAAUUAUAAGUUUUCAGAUUAUAACAUUUGUAUUAAUUUUUACUGAUUUUCCAAGAUACUUCUUAGAUUUACUAUUUACAUAGCUUUAUGUACAUUCUCUGUAAAAAGAGACCUCUAAGUAUGAGACUUUACAUGAAAAUGGUACACACAUAUACACUAAUGUUAUCUCCUUAAAUUGCUGCACUAAGGUGCUGGUUAGUAGAGAUGGACGGAGCCUCUCGCGUUUUGCUGUCAGAUGCGUUAAAGGCGCAUGUACCUGCUCUCAGCGCCAGUGCGGCCUCCCCAUCUGCUGGGUGCCCAUGGCCCUCUCUGCAGCCUCAGUGAUGACCUCGUCUGCCAGGGGCACAGGUUUUCAUCAUUUACAGGCUCUAAUGUGCUUGUUUUGUUGGUAGCACGUUAUUUAAUGCAUAAAUGCAGAAUUCUUAAGUUUUUUUCUUUAAAUGUGAACAUAGAUGUAGCACCGACUUUUUAAACUUGAAAAAACUGAUAUGUUAACCUUUAAAAAUAACAUUUGGACACACUAGGAAUUGAUUUUUGUUUACAGAUUGUUAGUCUUUGUUUCUAUGAGAUACUUUUAGUGUGACUUUUAAAAUGUCUUAGAAAUUAAAGUUUUACAAAAAGUGAUUUCAUAUUUGGUUUAUAAGCAUUUAUAUAUGCGGUUUAUUUGUUCUUUUGUUUUUUCCAUCUUAAAUACCAUCAUGGCUAAAACUUAAGGGUAUUUAUAGGCUAAUUCCAUUUCAGUUUUAUAGAGGGCAGUAGUUAUUCUGAUGAAUGCUGAAUUAAGGAAGAAAUGGAUAUUUUCUUUCUCUGUUGUGCAGUUAAUGGUAGAUCAAUUUCUUAUAACCCAAAAUGUAGCAUCCAUAAUUGAUAGCAUGUAUUUUAUUUAAUUACUUGAAUUAUUUAGAUUUGAUUUCUCUAAUUUUUUCCAUAAAAGGACUGAACAGCACCUACUUGUGGUCUGGGCAGCUUAACCCAGAGUUCUUGGAAGAAUAAAUGCUGUUAGCAUCUGGUUAAUUUACUGGCAGACAGAAGCCUACUUAUCAGUGGCUUUCAACUUUUUGACCACAGUAAGAAAUAACCCAUUACACACACACACACACACACACACACACACACACACACUCUCUCUCUCUCUCUCUCUCUCUUUCUCUCUCUGUCUCUCUCUCAGAUACACAUAAGCAAAAAUUUAACAAGACAGUACCCAUUUUUCCUAAGUGUGCAUGCUGGCGUCUUCUGUUUUAUUAUUUUUAAAAAUACUAGACACAGACACUAAGUUAUUUUGUGGCCUCCUAAUAGAUGGCAGACUUUAGUUUGAAAAGCAUCCCUUUGGAAUGUGGUUUGAAAGGAGAAAUAAUACAAAGACCUUUUUGGAGUAUUUUUUUUUUUUUUGGUUUUUGAAUAUUGUUUAGGUAAAAAUUAUUGCUGCAAAUACCACUGAAGCAAAAGUACUGUGUAUGCAAAUUACUUGUUGCACUGUAGAAAAUGUAAUUAAUAUCAGUAGGAGUUCCUAAAACUCACAAAUAUACAAAAUUUCAAAACUUGGUGAUUGAUCCCUAUGUCUUGAAGGAAUAUUAUGCAAUAAACUUACCUUUUCAAGAGAA